AGCCCCAUACCGUCAGCCGAACACCUAGCACCGCGAGCUCCACUGCUUGAUUCCGUUACCAAUAUUUAAUUAUAUUUCUAUUUUCUCGUUGAGAAAUGGCACUGGCCGAGGUUAGCCGAAAUCAGUUUUCUCGGGAACUGGUGAAUGCCAUCACCAAGAAUGCUCUCGAGCAGAGCAGUCAGCCAGGCGUCAAUACAGUCGUCUCGCCGGCCUCCAUACAGAGCUGUUUGACACUGGCCUUUAUGGCGGCAUCCGGAUCGACGGCCGAAGAGCUGCGGCAGGGCUUGCACCUGGGACCGGGCGACAGGGCGCACAUUGCCCGUUCCUUUGGCGAGUUCUGGACAACCAGCUGCAACUACGGCGCUAUGGGACCCGUGCUGAAGUCUGUCAACCGCUUGUAUGUGAACGAUACGCUGGAACUGCAGCCGGAGUUUAAUGCGGUUGCCUGGGACUUCUUCCAGUCGAAGGCAGAGGCCGUAAAGUUCUCCAACGCGGUGGCCGUGACGGACCAGAUCAACUCCUGGGUGAAGGAGCAGACGGAAGACAAAAUCAGUGAGCUGCUGCAGUCGGAUGCAGUCGACCAGGAGACGAGUGCAGUGCUCAUCAACGCUCUGUACUUCAAGGGCAAGUGGCGGAAGCCCUUCACACCGGAGACCACCCAGCAGGACGACUUCUGCUUGAACUUGCGAGACCGCGUGAAGGUGGACAUGAUGUACCAGGAGGACAAGUUCAAGUACGCCGAGCUGCCCCACCUGCAGGCACGGGCCGUGCAGCUUCCCUACGAGCACUCGAACAUCUCCAUGCUGAUCAUCCUGCCCGACACCACGUGCGGCAUACUAGAUCUAGAGGAGCGGCUGAAGUCGGUGGAUCUGGCCGAUAUUGAGGAUGCCAUGACACUGGAGGAUGUGGAUAUAGCCAUGCCCAAGCUGACCAUCGAAUUCGAUGUGGAUCUCAAGGACGUACUCAUGCAGCUGGGGAUAUCGGAGGUCUUUGGCAACGAGGCCAAUCUGGACAGACUCUUCACCACGAAGACGGGACAAAAGAUUUCGGCGGCCAAGCAUCGCGGUUACAUCAGCAUAAACGAGGCAGGAUCUGAGGCAGCGGCAGCGACGUUCAUGAAGAUUGUACCGAUGAGUCUGAACAUGCAAAAGAAGCUGUUCAAAGUGGACCACCCGUUCGUGUUCUAUAUACGCAGCAGUCAGGCGGUAUUUUUCGCCGGACGCGUCGUAUGCCCCCCCAGUGAUCUGAAGAGAGACUCAAUUGCAUCACUGGACGACUCGAGUCGUGCUAGUUUAAGUCAAGAGAGUAAAUAAAAAUCAUUUGAGAAAA